GUGUAUGGUGCGUGCGCGCGCGCGCGUGCAGGGGGAGGGCGUCAGCGCGCGCCCACACCCACGCGCCUAUCCCUUCGCCGUGAUUGGGUGGAGGACGGUGAUUCCUUCUGUCACGAUUUUGGGUCGCUCCCACCGGAGGACACUGGCCGUCUGAAUCCAGCUUCCACCGAGGCGCUCGCCGGAGGAGACGGUGCACGCUGCGAGAGGAGAGGCGCGCGAGGGCGGCUUCCCAGGGGCUGGACGCGCAACUCGGGAUUCGUCCUCCUGUCGGUGGGGAGAGGGGAAGGAAGGAGAGGGGAGAGCGGGGAUCUUCGGUGCUGGAGCGACCAGCCGCCGCUUUCUUCUGUCGGUGCUGCGGUAAAAGUCGUCCACGAUGCCGGUGUUUCACACCAAGACCAUCGAGAGUAUCCUGGAGCCGGUGGCCCAGCAGAUCUCCCACCUGGUCAUCAUGCACGAGGAGGGGGAGGUGGACGGGAAAGCCAUCCCGGACCUGACGGUGCCGGUGGCCGCGGUGCAGGCGGCGGUCAGCAACCUCGUCCGGGUUGGAAAGGAGACGGUUCAAACCACAGAGGACCAGCUCAUGAAGAGGGACAUGCCUCCUGCCUUCAUUAAGGUGGAGAACUCGUGCUCCAAGCUCGUCCAAGCAGCUCAGAUGCUGAAGGCAGACCCGUACUCCGUCCCUGCACGAGAUUACCUGAUCGACGGGUCCAGAGGGAUUCUGUCCGGAACCUCCGACCUGCUGCUCACGUUUGAUGAGGCUGAGGUGCGUAAGAUAAUCCGAGUGUGUAAAGGAAUCCUAGAGUACCUGACCGUGGCUGAAGUGGUGGAGACGAUGGAGGACCUCAUCACUUACACCAAAAACCUGGGACCAGGGAUGACCAAAAUGUCAAAGAUGAUUGAGGAGAGGCAGCAGGAGCUGACGCACCAAGAACACAGACAGAUGCUGGUCAGCUCCAUGAACACUAUCAAAGAGCUGCUGCCGGUCCUUAUAUCAGCGAUAAAGAUCUUUGUGGCAACCAAGAGCAGCCGAGGCGCCGGCAUCGAGGAGGCCGAAAGGAACAGGAGGUUCACCUUUGAAAAGAUGAGCGCCGAGAUCAACGAGAUCAUCAGAGUCCUGCAGCUCACCACAUGGGACGAGGACGCCUGGGCCAACAAGGACAUGGAAGCGUUAAAGAGGUCUCUGGCUUUGAUUGAGUCAAAGAUGGUGCAGGCCAAAUCCUGGCUCAAAGACCCUCAUGCGCAGCCAGGUGAGCCCGGCGAGGUCGCCCUGCGCGUGAUCCUCGACGAGGCCGGUAAAGUCGGGGAGCUGUGUGCCGGGAAGGAGAGGAAGGACAUCCUGGCCACCACCAAGGCUCUGGGACACAUGACCGACCAGAUUGCGGAUAUUCGAGCCAGAGGCCAAGGCCAAACCCCGGGGUGCGUGCAGCGUGCGGGCCAGUGUUCGCAGGGCCUGGAUUUAUUGUUUGGCAAAGUAGACGCUGCUGCUCGCAGGCUGGAGGCGCUGAUCAAUGCCAAGCAGGCCAUUGCCAGGAGGUUGGAUGCUGCACAGGCUUGGCUGGCUGACCCUAAUGGGGGUCCUGAGGGGGAGGAGAACAUCCGAGCACUUCUUGCUGAGGCCAAACGCAUUGCUGAUCUUUGUGAAGACCAAAAGGAGAGGGACGACAUCCUGCGCUCCAUCAGUGAGAUCGCCGGACUCACUGCCAGACUUGUGGAUCUUCGCAAACAGGGGAAAGGCGACAGCCCGGAGGCGCGUGCGCUGGCAAAGCAGAUCGGAGUAGCGCUGCUGACCCUUCAGUCCAAAACCAACCGGGCUGUGGCCAACAUGAGACCAGCCAAGCCCGCCAUCACCCUGGAGGGCAAGAUGGAGCAAGCGCUCCGCUGGGUGAGCAACCCUGGAGUGGACGACAGAGGAAUAGAGUAUGAGAUGCUACAGUGGAACACAGGUCAGGCAGCCAUCAGAGGAAUGGUUGGAGAAGGCAGGAGGCUGGCGGGAGGCAUGCUAGGCCCGUAUCGACAGGAUAUGAUCGGGCGCUGUGACCGCGCUGAGGCGCUCACGGCGUCUUUGGCCGACAUGGCCGGCAGAGGCGAGGCCGAGGCCCCUCACGCGCGAGCCACAGCCGCACAACUGCAAGACAGUCUCAAGGACCUGAGGCGACACAUGCAGGAGGUGAUGACCCAGGAGGUGUCGGACGUCUUCAGCGACACCACCACCCCCAUUAAACUGCUGGCCGUGGCAGCGACCGCGCCGCCCGACGCCCCCAACAGAGAGGAGGUUUUUGAAGAGCGUGCGGGGAACUUUGAGGCCCACGCAGGUCGGUUGGGGGCGACUGCAGAGAAGGCUGCGGCCGUGGGGACCGCUAAUAAGAGCACGGUGGAAGGGAUCCAUGCCGCCGUGAAACAUGCCAGAGAGCUCACGCCACAGGUAACCUCCGCUGCUCGGAUCAUGCUGAAGAAUCCCGGCAACAAAGCGGCGUACGAGCACUUUGACACCAUGAAGAACCAGUGGAUUGACAACGUGGAGAGACUGACUGGUCUUGUGGACGAGGCCAUCGACACCAAAUCCCUAUUAGACGCUUCUGAGGAAGCUAUAAAGAAAGACAUCGACAAGUGCAGAGUUGCCAUGGCGAAUGUUCAGCCCCAGAUGCUUGUUGCCGGGGCAACGAGCAUAGCAAGGCGAGCUAAUCGGGUCCUGUUGGUGGCCAAGAAGGAAGUGGAGAACUCCGAAGAUCCGCGGUUCAGGGACACCGUGAAGCACGCGUCAGACAUCCUCUCACACACCAUCUCACCCAUGGUGAUGGAUGCCAAGGCGGUGGCUGGGAACAUACAGGACAAAGCCCUGCAGAAAGCCUACCUGGACUCGUGCUUGAGGAUCUUGGCUGCAGUUGGAAAAGUUAGGGAGGCGUUCCAGCCUCAGGAGCCUGACUUCCCUCCUCCACCUCCCGAUCUGGACCAGCUCCAUGUCAGUGAUGAGCAGGCGCCGCCCAAACCCCCGCUGCCCGAGGGCGAGGUGCCCCCGCCUCGUCCCCCUCCUCCCGAGGAGAAGGAUGAGGAGUUCCCGGAGCAGAAGGCCGGAGAGGUGCUCAGCGAGCCCAUGAUGGUGGCGGCCCGGCAGCUGCACGACGAGGCUCGACAGUGGUCCAGCAAGCCUGAGGAUGAGGAGGCAGUAGAGGAGAGGGAGGUAGAUGAUGAAGAUGAGUUUACUGAUGGUGAGGAUGACUAUGAGCCAGAGCUGCUGAUGAUGCCGUCCAACCAGCCUGUCAAUCAACCCAUUCUGGCUGCUGCCCAGUCACUCCACCAGGAGGCGCGCAAGUGGUCCAGCAAGGGCAACGACAUCAUUGCGGCAGCCAAGAGAAUGGCUCUGCUGAUGGCAGAAAUGUCUCGACUGGUGCGCGGAGGAAGUGGAAACAAGCGGGCCCUCAUUCAGUGCGCCAAGGACAUCGCCAAGGCCUCGGAUGAGGUGACGAGGCUGGCCAAAGAGGUGGCCAAGCAGUGCACCGACAGACGCAUCAGAACCAACCUCUUACAGGUGUGUGAGCGAAUCCCAACCAUCAGUACUCAACUGAAGAUCCUCUCCACGGUCAAAGCUACGAUGCUGGGACGAACAAACAUCAGUGAGGAGGAGUCAGAGCAGGCCACAGAGAUGCUGGUCCACAACGCCCAGAAUCUGAUGCAGUCCGUCAAGGAGACGGUCCGAGAAGCAGAAGCAGCCUCCAUCAAAAUCCGCACGGAUGCAGGAUUCACUCUGCGUUGGGUACGCAAGACUCCCUGGUACCAAUAAGCAAACCUCGUCGCUGAAAGAUGGCACCGAUGGCACACGCUCAAGUAAAAGUAGCAAUGCACACGCUCGCGUAAACGAGUGAACAUGCACCUCAGAGGAAACCUUCGGCGCUCCACUGAAGCAGAACGCUGGUUAAUGAGCAGGUUUUAUUUAUAGGUGCGGGUUCGGCUUUGCUCUCCAGGUCCCUUUUCUCUGUAACCGUGGAGUCACGCUGACUAAUCGAAGACAGUUUUUAAUAUAUAUUUUUGGUAUGUUGUGUUACAAGAGUUUAUCCAAAUCCCAGGUAUAUAUAUUUUUUGCAUGAACAGUUUUUUCUAUUUUCUAAAGGCAAAUUGCAACAUUAAGAUAUUAUCUCCUAGAGAAUGUUUACUUUUCAUUCAUUUUUUUGAGAGUUUCUUAUUGUUAAUUGUAUAUACAGCAGCUAUUUGAGUUCUGGAUGACAGCUAUGAGCUUUAUUCACUGAGUUUGACACUAAAGUGUGGAGUGCCUCCUCCUCAUGUUUACUUCUGCUAAUAACUUAAUAUUCAAACUUGAUACAUCAUCAUCAUCACUGCAGUCUGGGGAUGUUAUACUUGAACAACUAAAAUGUCUUCUGGUUGAAAAGUGUGAACUCUUUAGGCAAAUAAUACAGUUUAAAAACAAGUGUAUAUGUAGAAAACAGGUACGGUAGAAUGGCAGAAAUGGUAGAAUGCAUUUUUUAAUAGAAACAAGAGGUUUUCACUUGACAGUGAAAGUGUUAAGUCAAAAUGUAGUCUGAGUUCUUUGCUUAAACUUUAUUUAACGUUGACAAUGAACAAUGCCAAAGGAUUUGUUUUGUUACUGUAAGAAUUAUGAAUUUAUUUUAAAAACAAGGAUAUUACAAACAACAGAAUUUUUAUUUUUUAGUAAUAACUUGUGAAUGUUCUUUCAGCUUUGCAUAUUUUUAACUAGAGUAAGCGAUUAUUUCUGCACUAGUUUGUUAUCUUCUUGUCACAUGUACCAAACGAGUUUUAGAUUUGAGCCAUUCAACAUCCAGAUUUAGACCGAAAGAGUGUAACACACAUUUUGUAGACAACCCCGGAGGUUUAACAGUGAAACGUUUUUGUCAGGUAUUUAAAUUUUGUGUUGUUUCAAGUAUCAUUUAGCAGUGCAAUGAUUUCCUGAACUGCAUUUUAAUCAAUUAAGUUCAAUCAAUUUUUUUAAAGCAAUGUUUUUCCAUGCGUGCCUGUGGGUACGUGUGAAGCCUCUUCACUCAAACUGUCCUCCUGGCGCCUGUGGACAGAGCUCUGAGAGGCAGCACACUCUAGAAACUGCAUUGUAACUGUUUUGGGGCCUACUGAGCAUGUAGCAGUCACUGACCUCUCGCUGACAGCGACGGGGUGUAGUUCUGUGUAUACUUAAAAGUGUUUAUUCACACCUUGAAUGUAUCCUGAUAGCUUCUAGCCCUGCCAACACAUCUGCUGUGCCUUGGAAGAAUAAAAGAUGAGGACUUUGUCCCAAUGAA